AGGCCGACAAUUUUGCAAACUUUGUUUAUGUACGGUCCUUUCAUUAAAUUAUCUUGCAACAAUUUUAACUAAAAUAGUAAAACUUGUAUGAAAUUACUGUGCUUUAUAAAAAGAUGGAUUAAUAUCAGAUCAAUCCGAUUAUUUUAGAAUGUAAGUGUAUGUUAAUUGCAAGGAUAUUUACUUUGAAAAGAUACUAUGAUUGUGACUUAUUGCCUACUUCAACUUCAUCAUUGAUCGGCAGGAAUAUGAACCUAAAAAGAUAAAGAGACAGAAGUAAAAAUGUUUAAAAUUGAAUCAUAUGUGACACCAAUCCUUUUGAGUUAUGUGGACAAAUAUGUUCGUGACUUCAAACCAGCUGAUGCACAAGUGUCACUAUGGGGAGGAGGAGUGGCACUUCACAAUCUCGUACUCAAGGCGGAUGUGUUGCAGCAAGAACUAGCUCUUCCGUUUACCCUAGUCUCUGGGCGGAUUCAUGAACUCUUAAUACAAGUACCAUGGACGAAAAUUAUGUCAGAACCCAUCAUUGUCACCAUAGAUACCAUAGAAUGCGUUCUAAGUCUCAAUCCUCCUGCACCAAAUGAAGAGACCGUACCUCCUGACUCUCCAAGCAGACGAGCGCAAGUCGUAGAAGCACCUCCGGGUUACAUGCAAGCAUUAGUGCGCCGUAUCGUGAGCAACAUAAGCCUCCGAAUACAUCACCUCAUCGUGAAAUAUGUGCAAGAUGAUAUCGUAAUGUCACUGAAUGUGAAACAUCUAGCUGUCGACAGUGCCGACUCGGAUUGGGAACCGUCUUUUGCUGAUAUCGAUCAGAACCUGCCCAUCAUCAGGAGGCUCGUACAUCUAGAUGACCUAACCCUCUGCCUGGACAGAGCUGAUUCUGAUGGCAAGAUAAGAUUCUACCAGGAACCUUUGCUGUAUCGAUGCCAAUUAGAGUUAAGAGUACUGACCCGUUUAGUAUCAGCGAAUACACGUCGCGCAAGCAGCUUGAGUGUCCAGCUUCGAUCAAGUAAACUGGCUUGGGGCGUGACCAGUGACCAACUGACUUUACUCUUGCGAUUGAUCAGAGAACGAUCUGUGGUCAAGGUGCAACCGCAAACCACCAAGAUUAUCAAUAUCAACCAACCGCCAGCGCAUUUAACGAGCUCAAGUUCAUCUGAGCCGGCUCGUACCGAGAGCUGGUCGGAGUGGGCGUGGUCUUGGUUCCCUAUGACAUCUGAUGCUGAGGGUGGAAUAGAAGAAGAACGCAUGCCUCCGGCACCUACACCUCUUCAUUUUAACGCCUAUUUCGAUGACAUAUCCCUUGUUUUCAAGGUAAUGGAAUCGGAGUCAAGUACUCGUAAACGUUCACGUGGCGUGUUAGAGCUGUGCGCUUCACACGGCGCCAUCAAGAGCUACGUUUGCAGACCGACUUCGUUCCGGAUGCAAAUGGCGACGCGCACGUUAACGAUCAAAUCGUCCGGAAGAUGUGUCUGCGGACAUCUCGAUUACACUAUGGGUAAAGACGAGCCUACCGUGUACCUGUGUAAAUCGGAGAGCGAGCGCGUCGACAACUGGACCUGGCCCGCGAAUGAAUUCAGCGGAGGUCACGUGGAGACAGCGGAAGCAGCUCAGGAAACUCCUAAGGACGAGAACCAAAAUCCGGAACCGAUUAUAGACGAGUCGGAUCAAUCAGGACACUCCACGCCGGAGCCCAAAAAUAACAUCGACGAAGAUGACAAACUGUGGGCACAGAUGUCGCCACUGUUGUACGUUAAUUACACUCAUGAACGAUCACCGCCCGACGUUUACGAAAACCCUUAUGAACAUCCGCCUGAAGAUUUUCAAUAUAGUGAUUGGGCAGAAGAAAGCAACCUGAAAAUCGAAAUUGAAUCUUUAGAUAUCAAACUCAGUACCGGAUUGCUGCAUAGACUUUCAGCCUUGAAGAACAUUUACAAAGAGCUACCGCCAGUUCCCGACGUUGAACUACCAAUGCGCGUGCUGACAGUCGAAGAAUGCGACGCUCUAUUCGACAAUCUACCCUUGCGGCGUUUGUCUGUUGAAAUGAAAGGGCUCAACGUCCGCGUACACCCUUUCGAUCACUCGGCACAGGACCGUACUCCGUCGCACCCGGUCGUUUUGGAAGUCUACAUGCCGAGGGGCAUCCUGAUUGUCAGUGGACCUCUGUAUCCUCAUAGAGUCUGUUCGGCGGCUUGUCAGAUGCCGGAUGACGCGGGACCGCUAUGGCAAGGGGCACGUGUUCACGUGUCCGCCAUUUUGUCCGGUAUUGAGGCUAGCAUUUGCUCCGUCGACGGGCAGACUCGGCCGUGCGCGAGAACCGAUCUCCGCAUAGUUGCGCACUCGCUUCAGUACAGAGAAUUCUUCACGAAGCGGGAGAGCGUUGUCUUCAGUUAUUCAAUUAAGAUGCGCGAAGUGAACAUAUGCGGAUCGGCCGCUCGGCUCCAAACGGCGUGGCUGAUACCGAUGUCGCUGAUAAACGAAAAAAUAUCACUGCCCCUGCGACACACAACCUUACCCAAAGACGCUCUCAACGACGAAGAGUCAGUAGCAUUGGACGUCACGCUGGAAGACCUCUGCGUCCGGGGCUACAUCACGAAACACAUCAACACUCACAUAUUGACGCUCCAAUGUGCGCGCGCGACCGCCAUGCACGAACCCAAAGACAUUAAUCCUGUGAAACAAGCCUGGUUGUUCUCCGGUCCGGACACUCCGACCACAACACCAUAUCUUCGUGUAGCAGUACAAUGGUGCUCGCAACCGAUGCCGAAUUCCAUGGAUUACAUCGGAGUAUGGAUGGAACAGACGGCUAUCUCUGUCGACCCGCUGUUCGUUGCAUGGCUUGCUUAUAGACCACGUCCGAGAUUGUUUGAUACGCCAUCGCACUCAAACUUAUCAAAGAGCUCGUCCACGCAGUUCUAUUGGAAGCGUCGUGCAACACCACCGUCCUCAAGCGGUCGUGGAGUCAGCCGUUCCGGGUCUGGUGCUGAAUUGGUUCACGUCCGCCCUCGCAGUAUCGGAUCGAGCAGCGAACCUAGCGAGAAGAAAGAGAAACAGCCUCCGUCUCCGACUAGACCGCCCGUAGACUGGUUGAACGGUGAACGUCUCCUGGCAAUCCAUGACCGACUCCGCGGCAUGCUGGUCAACGUGGAAGUAGGUCUGAUGCUGAUCUACGUGACCACCAGUACCGUCUCGGCCACCGACUGCUUCACCGUUCGUGACGCAAUGGAACGUCACGCUAGUAUGGCUCAACCUGUUCUAGCUAUCAGUGCCGGACGAUUCUUGAUAUACUCGAGUCUAAACACGAAGCAGCUGUGGCACGAGAUACGACACGACGGACCGACGUUCGUCACGCCCAGAACGGAGCAAAAAGAUCUGAACUCGUUUCCAUGGAAGCUGCGCCUGUCCGACGUCUCCUGCUACACUCUAGAAGUUAAAGCUUCAAGCUCGAACAAGGACAAGGCCCAUCGAUCGCAGCUGAAGUCGCUGGUGUACGCCACACCGAGGACGGUGUUGGAAAUGGUCACGACUACGAUCACGCUCUCAGUAGUCACGAAGUCGUUGCAGCAAAAAGCAGCUGCUUCUACUUCUACUAAGAAAGACCAUAAGAAGCAUCCGGAAGCUAGUGCUGAAGAGGAAACAGUCAAAUACUUCAUGACUGGAAUGGAUUUUAAACCAUCCACAUUGAAAGAAUUUGUGCGAGGACCUACCAGACGUAAGAAGACCAAUCAAGAGCAAGCAGAGCAGUCUCCGGAGAGGACGGCGCCUCCGAACUUGACCAGCGGGCCGGUCGUGUCCCUCGGAGUGCAUCUACACGCGGACACCCCGCCCAUCAUCAUCAGGCUCGAUCACGAUCAGGUACAUACAAUAUCGGCGACGCUACACAAUUUCAAGCACAUUUUGAAUCUGAUGCGGCGAAGUUCAGACGCCGGACCGAGGCAGUCUUUCACGCCACCAGACGGCUCUCACAAAUCGUUGAUAAGAUCCAUGUCAGAAAUAGAAGAAGGACGAAGCCCUUCAGACGAAACUACUAGCGAGAAUAGAUCAGACCUUAUUUCAAUAUUCGAAUCACAUUCAGCACAAGACCUUACCUCCAAAUUGAAGACGUUUUUCUGGUUCCAGUGGGUUGUAAGUCGAGCGACCCUUGUAAUAGCUGCCAAUCAUGCCAAAUUAGCAUUCGACAUCGACGAUAUUAUAUCGACCAUCGACAUGCAGUCCCAUUAUAAUCAACUACGAAUCAAAUUAGCCUCAGCCUCAGUGAGGCAAUAUGAACGAGUGGGUAGUGACGAGUGGACAGCCGGCGUUCUGGGAGGCAGGGUGCUCGAAGCCCGCGAACCAAGCAAUGCCAAAGAGGACAAUCAUUUCCUAUCAAUAACUGUCACACAAGCGCAAAUAUCAAAUCUACCUUCCAGCUGGAGAGAAGAACUUCAUCCGAAAUUACUCGAAAACAAAACAAGCACUGACACGAUGUGGGAACUAUACGCAACCCUGGCGCCUUUAGAAGUGGUUCUGCAGCCGACCGUCGUGGAUCACAUCAUAGCCCUCGUGCACGAGAUGGCGUCUCGAUCGUUCUGUCCCCAACAGGUCCAACCAGAGGCCAGCGCUCCCACCGUGUGGCAGUGGCCGUUCUGCUACAUAACCGCUGGUGGAUUGAGGCUUUUGCUGACUUGUGACGAAGAGGACACGGGACUCGAUGACACGUUUAUGUUUGUUAUCGGAAAGAUUUCGGUCAAUCCACAUCCCGAAAAUCCUAUUUGCAGGCGCGCGAUCAACUCGACCUCGGACUCCGGUUGGGCGAACAACAGCGAGUACGAAGGUCGGCAGUACGAGGUCAUAAUCAAGAAUGUCGCCAUAAGAUCGGCGCAGUUCAGGCAAAUUGUCAACCAGGAGGUGAGCGAAGCGGAGAUCCUUAAGGGAACAGGUGGUGAAAAUCCAGCCUUAAAAUGGAGUCAACCCACUGUCGCUCCUGUUGUAACGCCAAUACUACACGCACUCGACAUCGGUUGCGUGCUAGCUCCGGCUCUGUACAAUUCCGGCACUCUGGUCUGCGGUCCGGCUGUCGAGGUGAACUUAGUAUCGGAUUGCGCAAUAGAGUUGAGCGUUGACCAACUGGACUUAUUGCGGCGCGUGAUCGAAGACAUACGUGAUUCUAUUCAAGAGAGUAACGAAUUAUCGUUGCAAUUAAACGAAAUGAAAGAUCACGUAUGUCCGUAUGCGACAGUCUUAGAGAGCGAACCGCAAGAUUUGAACGCCACGUCCAGUGACACGAGUUUUAAUGAAGAUAUAAUGAAAUAUCAAGAGUUCGCGAAGGCCGCCGCGGCGGACUCCGGCGUGGAGACGACAUCGCAUUCCACCUUCAAAUCCGGCAGGUUGGUUGAGGAGCCGACCGUCAUACCAAAGAAGUCCAUAUCCGUAGGUUUUGCUGAGCAGAUAACGGACGCUUCGGACUUCCUCGAAGUGUACGUCACUAUGGGCAUAAUAGAGCUGUCUCUUUACACGAAAGAUAACUCCAGCCCGGAGGUCGUGGCGCUUCGUCCUCCCGUAGUCGAGAGAGUUGUAGAGCCCGUCCCACUCUUGGAGGUGAUCAUACAUAAUUCUCAAGAAUCAUCAAAACGCGACGAAGACGAGUCACCGGUGGCCAGCAAAAGCAACCCGGAGUCCGUGCCGAAUAUCGACGUCGGCACGCCCAAGCCGGAACACAAUGAAACUCUGCCAUUAGCGAGGAAGUCCGAAGGGAAUCUGCCUUUAAUCCAUUUGACGUUGCAACAACCUAAUCUGUAUUAUUGGAGGAAGAAGACACAACGAAGCUUGCAGGUAUCCCUCUUCGACUUGUGGUUGGGACUCGGCGUGGGCAAGAAUGACAGUCAUUGGAGUUUAGUCCUUCUGUCAACUGCAAAAGGCGCAGUUGAUCCUGUGACGGACAUACCGCCCGCAUUGGCCACUAUGAAGAUACUAGUGCCAUCUUCUGGUUACGUGAAUUCGUCUUCUAGCUCGAAUGCAAAGGGCUCUAUAAGAAUAGACGUCGAGAGACCGAUUCGGCUGGACCUGUGCACGGAUCGAUUCAAACGUGUCAAAGGAAUUAUUAAUCUCAUAAAUAAACAAGUACCAUAUUCGCCCUCAAGACACAAUGAAAUUACAGCUGAAACUCCUCAUUUGUACGGGCUCCGGCGGUUCUUUAGUAUUCACGGUAUUGAGAGCGUCACAAUGCUGACGAGCCAAUUAGUAGCGUGCGGUUCAGAAGGCGUUGUGGGAUGCAACGCUUCCACGGUACAGAUAGCGAUCGGCUCCAGACCAGAGAGACUCGCGACCAGGGCUUCGGUCACGGGACUGGUGAUCGCCGCCGGACCACCCGAGCGGAGACACCCCAUGCUGCAACCCUUGAUGAUGGGCAUCGAACUAGACGCGCAGUGGGAAGCGUGGAGGCGAGCCGAAGGUGGGAUGUCUGCGAGGGAUCCCACAGUACGUGUUGGGAUCGAAGUUGACUGCGUCACUGUGGACCUUAAACCAGAAGACUUGGCAGCGCUGAAAAGAAUUAAGAAGACACUGCUAGACAUGUCUCGCAAUGAACAGGUAGCUACAACCCUCGAGAGUAAUGCCAACAAUGACAUUAACAAUGUUGACAACACUGAAGGUCAGCCGACGCCAUUGAACGUGGAAAGGCCACCCUCGUUGUCUUCAAUAGAUACGACUUACAGUACCGAAACAGGCGACCAUUACUACAAGGACGAUUUGAGGACCGGAGCAUUCAAGAUAGUCUCUGGUGGUCAGCUGCCGAUGGCGUAUCAAGUUAUAUUGCACGGCAGCUGUGUGUCGUGGCGCUACCCUCAUCCUCGAGCUAUCACUCGUCUCAUAGUGUUCCCGUUGCCUGGAUUGGUAAACGAUAUACCGUGCGUCCUAGAGUUUUAUAUACCGAUGCUUGGCAAAUGGGAGGCGCACACCCACUUCUCGUUGCCGGUCGGUGAGCCCAACGAACUACGACUCCAGGUCACGCCUCCGGAAACUGUGUUUGCUCAAAUAUGGCGCUUCCGUAUUUACGAGGAGACCGGCAAAGAAACGCCAUACGAAUUUAAAUUAAGCAAGUUCACGCCGAGAAAUGAUCCUUUGCAAACGGACACGUUUAGCGAGCCACCGGACCCGACCGGUUCAGCAUCAGGAGUGACAGCCGAACAGCUCUCGGGCGUGAUCCGCGUCGACUCGUACUUCGCACCGCGACUCCUACCGAACACGAGACUCUUCGUGCGAGCAGCGAACAUCGAAGUGCAUUUCCAUAACUCGUUACCUUAUUUGACCAGUAAUGCAACGGUUUUGGAAGGAUACUACGUGUCGCGCCCGUUGAUGCGCAGUCACCGCGUGUUGACGUUGUACGCACGCAAUCUGACCGCGCACGCCGAACUAGACUCGCCCGCCGGCAUAUCCGUGUUAAUCGACACACGACUCUCAUUCGACAUCCUGGAGUGCGAUACCGGGACAAUGGACGGGCUCGUAAGCGAGUUUCCCGCGCAGCUCGCUCUGUCCGUGCCCAUGAGUACGCCGCAGCUCGCCAAAGUGCGUGCUCGGCUCGACCUCCUGCGCGUGCGUCUACACGUUCCGAGACUUAGAGUCAUACACGCUCUGGUCAAAGACUGGAGGGUAGCCAUCGAUCAGUAUCUUGAAAAAGCCCGACUGGAACCGAACGUGGAAUUGGAAACGAAAAAUAUAAGAACCAAACGAGACUUCGCGGAUGCCAUGGAGGAAGCGUUGGAAGGACGCGUCUCACUCUGGGUGCACAACAGUUCCUCUGCCGCUCUGAGGAUGGGACAAGAGGGAACUGAUGAAGUCGUGCCUCUGGGACCUGGAACUAGGCUUGCGUACCGAUGGCGUAAUCCCACAGCCCCGAAGACGCUUCGGUUUUCUCUCGCUGGUCCCACUGCCGACUGGCAUUGGUCUAACAGCAUCCCAUUCACAUUGGGCAGUCAUCGAGUGCGCUUAGAAGACGCUGAACGUCUCGGCGGCAAGGGUCCGGGAGCGGGGGUGUUUGUUCAUGCCGCGGUGGAAGGGAAAGGGGCUAGAUUAUGCCUCCAUUUGUCAGGACGACUGGUCCUGGCGAACAUGCUUAGGUUCGAUUUACUAUACAAGGUCCGUGCCCGUUGCUCUGAUUCGAACCAGUUGUGCACGAUCUGUUCGGGCGAGCUCAUGUCCGAGGAUGUCGGGACGAGCGUCCUCUGCGGAGACGACAGCGAGAUGAUGCUCAAAAUAAAAUUCAUGUCCCACGACACUGGCUGGUCUGGUGAUAUACCAUUGAAGGAAUGCCCCAAAGAAAACGUACCCUGGCUCGUCAAAGUACCGAGUCAAGGCAACGUGCCCUAUAUGGCGGUCUGGUGCAGAGUGGUGAAGGCUCGCAGCGACGGUCGCAUAUUAGCUACAGUGUGGCCGCUGUACGUUCUCAAGUCGCACCUGCCUCUCGACACCGAUGUUUUAAUUAGAACCGAAUCCGGUAUAUCAGUGUCAGAAGCAUGUCCGGAGCCGACAUCCGCUCCUCUAGUGCAGUCCGCGCCGGGACGCGGCACUAGUGUACAUUUACUGGCACCGGGAACUACGUCAGCAAGGCACAAUCUGCUCUUCCAAUACAGGAAUAUAGAAUGUCCAGUGACAAGAGACGCGGUCCCGCUUCACUACGGCGUGCCGGACACUUCUGUGUUCGAGAAACGUGGGCCGGUCUCUAAUGUCGAUCACGUCAUCGAUGAGAUCAUUAAAUGGCUCGAUGAUUCUGGUCGGAAAGCUCGAUCGGACUGGCCCUACUCUAUCGUGUCGAAGCAGUGGUGCGGACUGUGGCAGCCGGCUUUACUACAACCACGAUCUGACGUCACUGUCCGUUACCAAGCCGUCCGCGCGGGUGGUGGCUGCUGUCUCGAGCUGCAGCUAUCCCCGGUGGUGCUGCUCUGCAACGCGGCCCCGAUAGCACUAACGCUGCGAGCUUACGACGCGGCGCCCCUGUGCAAGCUCGAACCGGGAACGGUUAUCGCACCGCCGUCCACUGUUGUCAAGAAACCUUUCUUCAUGUCCGUGGAAAUGGGCCGCGAGACGUUUGUUAGCGGCCAGCUGCAGGUCUCCAACGAGGACCCGGGUCGCUACGGAGCCCCGCCUCCGGGGCAGGUGGCCCUCGAUCACUCGUUAGAAUUCGCCAUACAAUGCAACCAAAAGGUGGCGCUCAUGACAAUGUACUAUCAACUCAUAAAAGAAAUAAACGUACUCGGCGUCAACUCGACCUACGAACUUCUCAACAGAUUGGAUACAAAAGUUAUGGUCUCCGCCAUUGCUGUGCCGAAAGAGGUCGAAAAUGACGUAGCGCUAAUGCCGAAGACAUUCAAACUAGCAGAUCCGACCAAAAGCGUCCACGGAUUGCAACUGUGCCGCUUCUGGCUGCAAGGCCGUUGGCGCGGCGGCGACCCAUCCGAGCUCCGGCUGUACCUGUGUCUCGCUUUACCUUCCGGGCAUUACCCUGCUCACACGCCGGUCCCGGUCAGGCUCGGAGCUGCGCCCCUGAGACGUUCGGUCGCACUCAUUGAUGCUAACAGAGAGUCGGUCCCGAUAGUGAUCACGCAAAUAAAACACGAAGACAGAUGGAUGAUCUCGGUGGCACGCGACCGCUGCCCGCAGUUCGUCGUGCACAACCGCACGAGGCAUACUUUAGCUGUGGCGCAACCCAUGAUGUCGCCAGAGGAACCCUCCACGUCCGCAGUACCGGUGAUGUCGGAAUGUUCGGGCGCGGGGUGGUGGUGUAUCGCUCAUCCCCAAGCGGUGACGCACUACACGACCCCCUCGCACAACAAUCGCUACCCUCCGCCGGCUAACACUUUUGACUCCAAGCCGGAAAUUCCAUUCCUUACCUUCACUAUAGUGCACGAUGACGGCAACAAGGAGUGGUGUCAGCCGGCUGCGAUGACGGAUGGCGAGCAACUCGUGCAGCUGCCCGACAACGUAACGAUAAAGCUGCGAGUGCACGCGCACCCGCACUCAACGCACAUCGAACUGCAGAACGUCGAUCAGGACGAUAUAUCGGCCAGCGAUAUCCGUCGUCGUUUGUUCGGUGCGUUCGCAACACACAUAUCGCACGAGUCACUAAUCGACACCGGCGAAUUGUCUGUACCACAGAGUUUAGAUCGACUGGGUGGUCAUGUGAAAUUACUCCAUCAGAACGUUGCUCACGAGGAGUCUGGAGAGUCCUCGCCGAUACCGUGGGCGAACGAACACGCCAUCUGUGGUCCUCAGGGGAGAAACCCCAUAGCAGUAGCGGCGGUUACCGUGGAGCACUGCCAAGAGAGUCCCGACGCCGCGGAACUAUCCUCUGCAGUUGAGAAUCCAAGUCAUUUGGAAGAAAAAAUACACUUUGAAAUAAGUUCAUCUGAAGUAUCAAUCAAAAUUACUCCCGAGAAAAAUGAUGCCGAAUGGGAUGAAAACGGCAGGAUGUGGCCCCAAAACGAGCAGCUCCGUUGUGUUAUCGCUGGGGUCAUAGUGGAAUUGGCCAGCGCUAUGGAUACUUUGCCGCUUAUCGCGUUGCACGCGGAUCGCGUGGCCGUACUGAUUGUAGCCGACGCUAAGCGAACGAAAACGGCCAUAUCGAUAUCGAACGUGCAAAUCGAUAAUCAACAAUACGAAACGGGUCAGUACGACUUCGCGGUCGUCGCGUGCACCCGCGCGGACCCCUCGCCGAGCCCGGACGAGCGCCCGCCCCCGCUCUGGACCAUGUUCUCUGCAGACGACGCGUUCGCGACCAAACACGAAAACGCACGAGUGCUUAUCAAGAUUCAACACGACAACUGGACUGUUUUGACACAUACUUUCAAAGAACUAACUGAACUGGAUUUCCACGUGGGUCCGCUGGCGCUAUACAUAGAGGACGCCUACGUCACAGCGCUCGUGGAACUGUCUCGUUUGGCUCAGUCAAGUCCUGAUGCGGUGACCGAAGCGGCCUCACUCCUAGCCGAAGAACGAUCCCUACAAGUUCCCCUGAGGCUCAGACUACUGCACAUAAGGCCACUGGAUCUGACGCUAACUUUACACACAGCGGUCCGGAUGUACAUAGCCCUAGAUCAGAGUCCGUUGCGACUGAGCGCGUUCGAGUUACGGGACAUGAUGACGUCAACGGAGCGGUUGACGCACGCGCUCACCGUGCACUACUUGUCCGCCGCCAUACUUGGAGCAGGGUGGGUAGUUGGAGGUCUAGAGUUGCUCGGUGCUCCCGGCGCCCUGGCGGCUCGUGUCGGCAGCGCCACGGGAGGAGUUCGAGGAGUGGCGUCAGCGGCUGUGGCCGCCCUACUGAAAUCUCUCAGUGCGUGGGCAGGAUCUCUGGCCAGAAACCUGGAUCUGCUGGCGGGUGAUGAAGAGCACGCGAGAAGAGCGGCAGCUGCCAGGAGGAGACCGCCCCCUAGCUUUGUGGCGGGACUCGUCGCGGGAAUCACGAAUUUUGCUAUUAAUAUUUUAGGAGCGGUUGGAGGUUUGGCUCACCAUCCCUUGGUAGGGGUAGCGGUGGGUGAAACAGAAAGCGGAGCGACCGCCUUGCGAAGGGGUUUGCUGGGUGCUCUGACGAAACCGCUCAGCGCCACAGCUGACUUAGUGGCCUACGCUGGACACGGCUUGUUGAGACAGACCGGCUGGGACCCAGUGCCUCAGCCUCGUCCCACUUUACGAUCGAACGAGACGGUAUCACGGAACGGCUGGCGACGCGACUGCGUGCGGUGGUCGUUUAGGCUAGCCGAGCUGACCGCCCUCUCGGGGUUCGAAGCCUUGCUGGAUAACGCGCCGCUGCAGCUACUCCUCACACACAAGUUCCUGGUUGUAGCCGAUCCUCAAACGGAACGUAUCGUUGAGAUGAUCGACUUUCGUUUCUGUACUCUGGAGCCUUACCAGGGACCUGUAAUACGGCUUAUCGUGACUCAGAGAAGGCAAUCGAAGUUGUUAGAGUCCAGGGCGGUGGACGAAGACGACGAAUUUCAGAUAAGCGCAGCGGCGAUGGCGCGAGUGGCUCGGUACACGGGCACAGAGGGCGCGCCGACCUCGGAGUCCCGGGUUCUAUCCCUAGUGCCGACAGCUGGGAGGGCUUAUGCUCUCCACGUGACUCUAGCAACGCUUCUACAUCACAACGUAGAUUCUCAUUUCCAGUUAUUGUAAUUUAUCGAUGAAACGUCCUUUCUAAAUUUUGUCUCGCGAGUUGUAGACGUGAUAAAAAUAUAUCGUCUUCUUGCAUUAAAACUGUAUAAUCUCAAAACUUACUAAUUUUACAGGAGACUGUUUUAAAGGCUUAACAUGUGAUAUUUUUAAUAUUAAUUAUCUUUGCAACAUUUUAUUUUUUAUUUUUAACUAGUUAUGUUAUCUGUCUUUUAAAAUAAGAUAAAAUUAUGUAUUAAUUUUGUUAAUAAUAGUCAAAACAUAGGUAAACAAUUUUUUUUUUUUUAUGAAAGCUAAACUACGCUCUUUGGACAGUAUUUAUGAGAAAAUUACUGGUGAUACCAAAUGAUUCCGCAUUUUAACACAAUUUCGAAUAUUUUUGAUAAUUGUACACUUUUAAUGCGAAAAGACGAUAUAAGAGAUCCAAUUUAGGGAUGUCUCAGUCGAACUACUUACUCACUUCGGCUUGUGACGUUUGUUGAAUUUGCAAGACAUAUCAGAGAGUUAAAGGUGAUAAUUAAAAAAAAAAACGAAAAAGAAAAUUUAAACUGGCAAUAAAAAUUCUCAAUUAAUCUCUGGUGGUAAACGGAAUGUGACGAUUUCUGAUGACAUCGAUCACUCGUGAAAAUUUCAAAUAAAUAUUGGAAUUUAUUAUGCGCUUUGUUAAACUCAUGGAAAUAAUGAAUUUAGUAACGAACCGUGCAAUAUUAAUGUACGCAUAACAAUUUAGAAGUGUAACUUCGAAAUCGCAAGCAAUAUUUAUCUUUAAGAGUAAGAUCAUAAAGUCCACUUUCAUGUGAGUAACGAUUGUAGUUCCAACAGCUAGAAUUGUAAAUAAUGCGUUUUAAAAACUAGUCUAUCUAGAUUUUAACUAAAUUUAAAUUAAGAAAGCUUGAAGAUAUCAUCCGAACAUAAUAAAGUAUGACAAUAACAUUAGUCACGGGUAUUGUCAUUGUUAAAAAAAUAUUUCUUGAAUCGAGUCACUGAUUUAUGUGAUAGGAAUAGUUUAAAUCGUGACGGCAUUUAUUAUAAUCGAUUCAUUUCAGGAUUUUAUCCCUUUGUGCCAAAAGGAAAAAGUAUUUUCAGUCGGUUUAAUUAAUGUAGUUUUUCCUGUCUAAAUUUAAUGAUAUUUUGUUUUGGAACUAUUUCUAUAAUUAACGUGUUAGAAUUGCGUGAAUGCGUAGAUUUAUAUAAUACGUUUAUUUCCAAAUUUUCUGAAUGACAUAUUAUUUAAAUUGUCGUUUAUUUUAAUCUUUUAAAUUUACUUUGAACCUUACUAAGGAUAUAAUAGUAUUUAUAGCAUUUUUUACUAGAGGUACAGUUAUAAUAAUGUCACGUAAAAACCAUGAAGUGACCAUUCCAGAGGUCGAUGCAUUGCAGAUUGUCUUCUCAUUUCUCGACAGAUAAAAGAAAAACAUCACAUAAUUUAUAUUAUAAUAUUCUGGAAACGCAUCAAUGUCGUAUGUAUAAAAUUGGUAUUGCCUGUAUAUUUUGUAAUGAUAUUUUUUGGUAUUAAAAAUAAAGAUAAUUUAUGUUAAUAACGCAAUAUUCAGCUCUAUGUUGUUUGUUAAUUUUUAUUUUGUUAUAAAUAAUAGACGACAUUAAUUCCGGGUCAUCAUAAUUCGUUUGCCAAGCCUCUCUUAAAAAGAGUAUAUCAGAAACAGCAUAAUAAACAUAUAAUUUUAAUCAAUCAUAAAUUAUAUCGUACAUUCCAAUAACUGACUGUGGAUCUUAUUCAUAAUUAAUUAUUUGAACUCGAUAAGCCCAUCACAAAAAUAGCCGUCAAAAAGUAUUAUUUAGAGUAAAAAUUAAUAAAACUUUUAGAAUGUUUUGCUCAUAUGGGGCUUAUAAAGCUCCCAUAACUGACUAUGAAUAAAACUGUUAAUAUUUAAUUGCACGCAUUUGAUUACGUUUAUUAUUUAAUAGUUACUAAAUAGUGCUUAUUAAAAAAUUCGCUUUUAUUAUUGCAAUUAAAGUAAUUAAUGACAAUUGAAUUGUGAUUCGUCGUUGUAAGUAUUAGAUUCUAGUGAACUUGACUAUAGAAUUAGUAACAGAUCGCUUAUAGCUCCUCUUCAAUUCAGUUUUACAGUGAUUUGGUUAAUACUUUGUUUGAUAUUAAACUUAAAGAAGUUCUUUGGCAAAGCUCAUAUUUGACUGUCUCUCCUUAGUCAAAAAUUUAUUUUAUGGUCGAUUUUGAUUUUCACUUAUUGCCCCAAAUACGUGCAUACUGUUUUGUGUACACUCACUUUUUUCACUCAUUUUAUUGAGUAAAUACUUGAAGAAGUUUUUUUUAUUAAAAACAGUAAAAAUAAUACUUGUAAAAAGUCUCAGAAGAAAUUAUAUAUAACUCAUCGACUGACUCUCUACUUCCAAAAAUAUCAUAAGUAUCGUUAAUAAUAGAUUAGAUUCACAAAUAAUAUUGGUGUCAAGGGCUCUUUGUUGAUAGAAAUUAGUGGGAAAUUCACUUUGGGAGUGGCUUUUAAAUUUAAAAGAAAUAAGAAAAACGAUUUUAUUUAAAAACAUCAUUGAGACACAAAUAAAUAACAAACAUAAUACUUAUAGAAGUAGUAAUGAAAACUAAAAUUUUAUAAAAGUAUUUUAAACUAUCCUUUCGUAUAUAUUAUAAGUAAAAUGUAUUAGCACGAAGUCAGCAUUUUCCGGGCGUUGCUUGCUCCUCAAUAAAGGCAAGCAGGUGUAAGUAAGUUUUUAAUCGUAUUCUGGUAUAUCCUGAAAAGUAUUACAAUGAAACUGACGUUCUCUUGUGCCAAUAUCGUAACUACUUGCAUAUAUACUUCCAUAAAUAUUCCAUAUUUGAUAUUUAGAAAUAGAAAAAGGGUAUUGAUGCCCUUGAAAAUUGUGUAAAUUUUCUCUGUGAUCGACUUGGUCACGGACUGACCGUAUCGAGAUCAGUUGGUGACCGCGUAUUAGCUCACUCUAUAAUGGCACAUACUUAUAUCACAAUUAUAUUACAAUAAUUAUUUGUAUGUGAAACGAAAAUUUUAAAUUUUUGUCCUCAAAAGAAAGUAUACCAAAAUUAUAAAAUUAUUUUAUAAAUAUAAUUUUUAUGAACGACUUCUUAAAUUUACGUUAGAUUUAAUGUAUAAAAAAGUUGUGUGUUUUUUUUGUGAAAUUAAAAAUAAACGUGUUUGAAGCGAU